UGGGCCAAGGAGGGGGGCCACCUCAGUCCCCGACAGGGCAUUGGAAGGGCAGGUGGAGCUGGUGGCAUUGAUUGCAGUAACCUGAUCCCGAGAGGGAGGCGGUCACAGCGGCAGCAGCACAACGAGGAAGCUGCCUGCAGCUGAGGGCUGCACUGGGAAGAGCUGGGGCUGGGACCCGGUCGGCAGCUGCAGCCUCCUCUCCCGGCCUAUCUAUUUUUAAUGAGCUCCCCUGGCUUCUGCAUCCGGCAGGACACUGAAAGACAGGCCCAGGCGGUGGAGGCCAAAGGCCCCAGCCCUGCCUUGAGCCCUGGCCCCCCAACCCUUCCGGGCAUGAGAGGGCAGCCCUGGGGCCCCGCAGCCCCCCAGCCGGGCAGGGCUCUCCAUGCAGCUGGUGCUGAAGAUGGAUUCGAGCCCAGACAAUGACAGCUGGUUGGAGGAUCAGUGGGAGCGCUGGCUCACGCAUGACAUCAGCCUGGAGGAGUUUGAAGAUGAAGACCUCUCAGAGAUCACUGAUGAGUGUGGCAUCAGCUUGCAGUGCAAAGACACCCUGUCCUUACGGCCCCCGCGCGCCGGGCUGCUGUCUGCGGGCGGCGGCAGUGCGGGGAGCCGGCUGCAGGCCGAGAUGCUGCAGAUGGACCUGAUCGACGCGGCAGGGGACACUCCCGGGGCCGAGGAUGACGAGGAGGACGACGACGAGGAGCGCGCAGCCCGGAGGCCGGGAGCGGGGCCGCCCAAGGCCGAGUCCAGCCAGGAGCCAGCGUCCCGCAGCCAGGGCCAGGGCCUGGGCCCAGGCAGCGGAGACACGUACCGGCCCAAGCGGCCCACCACGCUCAACCUCUUUCCGCAGGUGCCGCGGUCUCAGGACACAUUGAAUAAUAAUUCUCUGGGCAAAAAGCACAGUUGGCAGGAUCGGGUGUCUCGAUCAUCCUCACCCCUGAAGACAGGGGAGCAGACACCACCGCAUGAACACAUCUGCCUGAGCGAUGAGCUGCCCCCCCAGAGCAGCCCCGCUGCCACCACGGAUCGAGGCACCUCCACCGACAGCCCUUGCCGCCGCAGCACAGCCACCCAGAUGGCACCUCCGGGUGGUCCUCCUGCUGCUCCACCUGGGGGUCGGGGCCACUCGCAUCGAGACCGAAUCCACUACCAGGCCGAUGUGCGACUAGAGGCCACUGAGGAGAUCUACCUGACCCCAGUGCAGAGACCCCCAGACCCUGCAGAGCCCACCUCCGCCUUCCUGCCACCCACUGAGAGCCGGAUGUCGGUCAGCUCUGAUCCAGACCCUGCCGCCUACCCCUCCACAGCAGGGCAGCCGCACCCCUCCAUCAGUGAAGAGGAGGAGGGCUUCGACUGCCUGUCAUCCCCAGAGCGGGCUGAGCCCCCAGGCGGAGGGUGGCGGGGGAGCCUGGGGGAGCCGCCGCCACCUCCACGGGCCUCUCUGAGCUCGGACACCAGCGCCCUGUCCUAUGACUCGGUCAAGUACACGCUGGUGGUGGAUGAGCACGCGCAGCUGGAGCUGGUGAGCCUGCGGCCGUGCUUCGGAGACUACAGCGAUGAGAGUGACUCGGCCACCGUCUACGACAACUGUGCCUCCGCCUCCUCGCCCUAUGAGUCGGCCAUCGGAGAGGAAUAUGAGGAGGCCCCCCGGCCCCAGCCCCCUGCCUGCCUCUCUGAGGACUCCACGCCUGACGAACCCGACGUCCAUUUCUCCAAGAAGUUCCUGAACGUCUUCAUGAGUGGCCGCUCCCGCUCCUCCAGUGCUGAGUCCUUUGGGCUGUUCUCCUGCGUCAUCAACGGGGAGGAGCAGGAGCAGACCCACCGGGCCAUAUUCAGGUUUGUGCCUCGACACGAAGACGAACUUGAGCUGGAAGUGGACGACCCUCUGCUGGUGGAGCUCCAGGCCGAAGACUACUGGUACGAGGCCUACAACAUGCGCACUGGUGCCCGGGGUGUCUUUCCCGCCUACUACGCCAUCGAGGUCACCAAGGAGCCCGAGCACAUGGCAGCCCUGGCCAAAAACAGCGACUGGGUGGACCAGUUCCGGGUGAAAUUCCUGGGUUCGGUCCAGGUUCCCUAUCACAAGGGCAAUGACGUCCUCUGUGCCGCUAUGCAAAAGAUUGCCACCACGCGCCGGCUCACCGUGCACUUUAACCCGCCCUCCAGCUGCGUCCUGGAGAUCAGCGUGCGGGGCGUGAAGAUAGGUGUCAAGGCCGAUGACUCCCAGGAGGCCAAGGGGAAUAAAUGUAGCCACUUUUUCCAGUUAAAAAACAUCUCUUUCUGCGGAUAUCAUCCAAAGAACAACAAGUACUUUGGGUUCAUCACCAAGCACCCUGCCGACCACCGGUUUGCCUGCCACGUCUUUGUGUCUGAGGAUUCCACCAAAGCCCUGGCAGAGUCCGUGGGGAGAGCAUUCCAGCAGUUCUACAAGCAGUUUGUGGAGUACACGUGCCCCACAGAAGAUAUCUACCUGGAGUAGCCGCACAGCCCUGCCCUCUGCGUCUCCCGGCCCUCAGGCCAGUGCCAGGACAGCUGGCUGCUGACAGGAUGUGGCACUGCUUGAGGAGGGGCACCUGCCACCACCAGGGGACAAGGAUGUGGGGACCGCUGGCCCAGGGUGGGGGAGGGCGGGGGCGAUGGGGAGAGGCAAAUGCAGUUUAUUGUAAUAUAUGGGAUUAGAUUCAUCUAUGGAGGGCAGAAUGGGCUGUCUGGGGAUCGGGAGGGGGCAGGGCUGGAGGACAGACCUCUGGCAGAGAAGGAUGUCCGUUCCAGGAGCACACAGCCCUGCCCCAUCCUGGGCCUUACCUCCCCUGCCAGGGCUCAGGCGCUCUGGCUCCUGCCUGGAUGAAGCCCGUGCCCCAACCCCCACCGAAGAGUCCUGAGCUCAGGCUGAGCCCAGCCGCCUCCCAAGGACUUUCCAGUGAGGAAAUGGCAACACAUGGAGGUGAAGUCCUGUUCGCAGUUCCGUCAUCUGCAGGGCCUCUGGGUGGCUCCUGCCACUGACCUCACCGGCAUGCUGGCCUGUGGCAGGCCUAGGAACUCAGUGGGGAGGGGGAGCUGCUGCAAGGCCCUGUCCCAGCAGGAGAGGGAGGCUUCCUGACUGACCCAGGCCAGCCCCAUCUUGGUCCUGUCACCCUGGCCCCAACUAUUAAAGUGCCAUUUCCUGUCUGGA